AUGCUUGAGAAAGCUUUGAAGUAUCAGCGUGCUUUGAACAGGUUCAAAGUAGUUGACAAAAACUAUAGGCAUUGUCCCUCAAGUGAAGAAUGGAAAAGAGCCAAUAUUAUCUUUGAGAUCUUGAAGCCUUUCUAUAGUAUAACGACUUUGAUGUCAGGGAGAAGUUAUUCUACUUCCAACUUAUAUUUUGCUCAUAUUUGGAAGAUCCAGUGUGUGUUGGAAGUGAAUAGAGGCCAUGAAGAUACUGUGAUCAGAAUGAUGAUUUCUAGGAUGAGAGAAAAGUUUGAUAAGUACUGGGAAGAGUAUAGCGUUCUUCUGGCAAUGGGAGCUGUUUUUGAUCCAAGGAUGAAACUGAAACUUUUGAAGAAAUGUUAUGAUGAGCUUGAUCCAUUCACAUCUCAGGAGAAGAUAGAUCAUCUGGAGAGUAAGCUUAAUGAGAUCUUUGAAGAAUAUAAGAAAAAGUAUCCUUUGACUCCAGUUGUUCGUACAAGUUUCAACUCUCGUGUUUCUGGACAAGGAAGAGAAAGUUAUGGUGUCUUAGAUGAUUUGUUCGAGUUAGAUGAUAUGCAAGACGUUAUGGAUGAAGGAAAAUCGUUAUUGGAUGUGUACUUAGAUGAGCCAAAAUUAGAUAUGAGAAGUCAUCCUGAUUUGAAUGUGUUGCAGCAUUGGAAAGAAAAUAGUCAUCGGUUUGGGGCGUUAACAUACAUGGCAAUGGACGUCCUCAGUGUUCCUAUUACCACGGUAGCUUCUGAAUCUUCUUUUAGUAUUGGGGCUCAUGUCAUAAACAAAUAUCGGACUCGGCUUCUACCGAGCAAUGUACAAGCGUUGUUGUCUACUCGCUCUUGGUUGUAUGGCUACGUUAUUGAUGAUGAAGAUGAUAAUGAUCAAGGGGAAAUGGUUACGAUUCGAGCAGCAACACCAACUUCAAUGGAACAGCAGAUUUAA